GAUACUAUUUCCACUAACUGGAAUUUAAAAGCGGGGGAUAGUCAUACAAAAACAAAAAAUGAAUUGUAUAAAUGAAAAUAUUAAAAAAAUACUCACUAUUGUUGAACCUGAUGCAUAUUUGGCGGAUCUGUAUAAGAUUUGCUUGAGGAAAGUGCAAACUGGCUCAUUGGUAGUAAUAUUAACAUGCCAAAAAUUCGAUAUUUCUCGUCUGUCGCCAAUAAAGGAAAUGCGAAUAUCGAAAGAACAAAUGAAGAGUUUAAUAGUAAUAUAUUAUAAAUCCAUUGAUGAAAUAACACAAAAGUUAUUAGAUUUACACGAAUGGUCGCUGUUACCCGCCUUAGUUGUGGUCGACUUAGCUGGUGCCUUAGCAUCCACAAUGCAUUUAAAAACCAUUUCCCUUUGUGCAGCUUCAUUUUGGGAUUACUUGCAUUCGAUUGUAAUACAAAGAGAAAACAGAUGCAAAAAUAUUACAUUCACCUUACCUGUAUAUGGCAUUUUUAUAGUGAGAAAAGAAAAGGAAUAUUUCAAUGAAUUGCAUUUGGAAAUGUUAAGAAGUCUAUAUUUUUAUCGAGAUGUUGUGGUGGAGAGUAUUUUAGAUAUUGAAGAUUUUCUAGGGAGUGAAAUUUAGAUUGAAUGUAUAGGGAUUCGAAUGUACAUUUCGAAUAAGCAACACAAACUACAUGAAGUAAUAUUAAGUUUAAGUUAAUAAUUAUUAUUUAUUUUUUAAUAUUAGUAUUGAUGUAAUUCUAGAUUCUUUCUAUUGUAGUGUUAAACAUAUACUGAUUCCUUGCAGCUUA